UCAUCUCCUUCCAAUUUUGACCGCGAAGAAGUCCGUUGGCUACGUGAAGAACAGCGCUGGCUUCGGGAGGAGCAACGUUGGCUUCGUGAAGAGCAGCGCUGGCUCCGCGAGCGUGAAUCCCUACUCCAGGAGAUCUCAGCCCUUAAGCUCCAGAUACUGUCUCUGGAGAAUAGAAAUCCCACUCGAGGAGCUUCGGUUUCAGAGACAAUUGCAAAUAUCGGUGCUCUGUUACAGGUUCUGAAAGAGAAGAACUUGAUUGCAGAGAGUGGGACGAGCGCGAGAGAGAUGGUUUUGAAGGAGAAGAGUGAGGAGGUGAACGAAAUGGUGGUGGAGCAAGGAAUCAGGGUUUUGGAGAGGGAACGGAGGCAAGAUGGGGAUAAGAUGAAGAGUAAAGUGUUGAGAAAAGGCAGCGAAGGAGACGACGUGCGAGAGCUGCAGGUCUGCUUGCAAUUCACCAUUUCUUCUGCUUAAGUGUUUAUCCUAAAGGAAGCAUUGGAGAAAUUGGGAUUUUACUCAGGUGAAGAGGACAUGGAGUAUUCCAGCUUCUCAGAUGGAACUGAGCGUGCUGUGAAGACUUGGCAAGCAACAAUUGGUAGCCCUGAAAAUGGAAUAAUGACCGCAGAGCUUCUCGAGAGGUUAUAUAUGAAGCCAAGAAUUCAGGGUUCUAGCUCAAACAGUAAUGCAGAUAAAAGGGGAGCUUCCUUGACUGUUCCACAGAAGGAAGAGACAAAUGGAGCUGCGGUUGCUUCCAUAACAGAAAUUUCAGAAAUACAGCAGAAAGUUAUUGAAGAAGAUGGUAUUACAGAAGUUGAGGUUUCUCAACAGCGAGUUUUUCUUCUUGGAGAAAAUAGGUGGGAAGAACCCUCCAGACUUAUCGGCAGAGACAAACAAGUUAUUGCAAGCAAAGCCAGGGAAACCACAACCAAAUGCCUUACUUGUCGUGGGGAGGGGCGCUUAAUGUGCACAGAAUGUGAUGGAACAGGGGAGCCUAACAUUGAACCACAGGUAAGAGUAUAUUCCCGUCCUGCAUUUCUUCUUUCUGUCUGUGCCUUUUUGUGAUUGGUGUUACUAGCAACAGAAGCAAUGACUAAAUAUUCCGAUGCAGUUCUUGGAAUGGGUGGAUGAGGGAACCAAAUGCCCUUACUGCGAAGGCCUUGGAUAUAUAACUUGUGAUGUAUGCGAGGGGAAAAUGGUCACCUAAGUAUUCUAUGGUCAAACGUAUUGUAUAAGGUCUAACUUAAAUACCCAAAAGAAAAUGCAAAAAAUGUUGAAUUUUAUAGAUCGAUGGUAUACACGAUUACUGCAACAAUUAUGUAGAACUUUCAAUAAAACUUGUUUUAUAAA